AUGAAGGGCAACAGUAUCUUAUCCGCAUUGGCACUUGCUGGCAUUUCCGCCGCUCAGACUCCGUCGGGGUUUACUCCAGUUGUCGAACAGAAGCUAGAGGUCACCUUCGGAACCAAGUCAGUCACGCCGGGGUUGGCUUUCGCAAAGCCUGAAACUUCGAGACAGCCGACCAUUGGGUUGAACGGUACGGCUGAUGGUACCUAUAUCUGGAUGUUAAUUGAUCUCGAUGCCUCAACCAACUUCGUGAAUCCCGGCGCAGGUCAGCCUACCACUUACCUACACACCGUGAUCCGAGACUUCAAGGCAAGCGGUUCCCCGUCGGCUGAGGGCAUAACAACUCUUACAUCUACGUCCAACACACCCGUAGCAUGGUUUGCGCCAGCACCACCAGCGGAGAACCCCCCGCACCCGCACCGAUACACGAAUCUCCUCUGGGAACAGCCGGAGAACUGGGCGAUCCCCGCUGCCGCUAGUCAAAUGCUCCAGAGCCAAAAGACUGGCUUCAAUGUCCCGAAGUUCAUUACUGCGGCGGGACUUAAAGACCCUAUUGCUGCCAACUACUUCAACGUUACUGGUUAA